AUGGAUGUUAAUAUAAUCAUUGGUUUUGUCCGUUUUUUUAACGAAAAAUAUAAUUAUUUGCCCGAAUUAGAAAAUCUAAACCAAAAAAUUACAAUAGUUUACCGGAGCGAAAAGUUACAAACAAUUUUAGUUUCUCAACUGGAAAGUUACAGUCGACAAAUACCAUUGAACAUUAUUGAUUGUGGUCCGGUCGAAGAAGAAGAAAGGUCGUUGGGAUUAGCAGUGCAGAAGUUAGAUGCCAUCACAAAAAAUCUCGUAAUUUUGGACCAAACUGAACCCGAAAUUUUUGAAGAUGUAGGAGAUUUGAAUUCCGAAGCCUGCCCGCUAGAUCUGGUUCCAUUACAAGAUUUGUUAACUGAUUAUUGUCAAGAGGUUUGCGACCGGGAGCGAGCAAUAAAUAUUCUGAAAAAAAUUAGGGAAGAAAAAGCGUCCUUUAAAGUACAAAAAGAACAAUUGAAUAAUUUAACGAGUGUUUAUAAACAAUCCCGCCAAUCCUUUGAGGACAAAUUGCGAAAUUUGAAAUUUGAACUGACAACCACAAAAAAAAAAUUAAACGAGGCCGAAGAGAGAAUUAGAAAGUUGCAAGACGAUUUAAGUGACGCCCAAAACGCUUCCUUUUUGCGGGCCACAAAAGAAAAAUUUGCUAAAUUGAUUGAAGAGUAUAACCAAAAAUUCGUCAAAUUAGAAGAAGAAAAAAACUAUUUCUGGGAAAGUUUUCUAGUUAUUCAGGACAAAUUAGAAAAUUUUCGCAAAAUUAAACUGGAAGCGUUGGCUUUUCUAGUAGGAAAACCAAAAAAACGACGUUCUAGUGCUCCUGUUCCCAAAGCAACCAAAUUUUUUUCUCAACCAAUGAGAAAGAGUGCUUCGGCAACAACAACACCUCUACCCAAAAUUAAUACCGAAUACGGCAAAAUCCAAACCCCAACAGGCAUUAUUUCCGAGAAAUGA